AUGACGCCUUCCCAAUUUGAUAUCUUGCUCCAAAGGCUUAUAGCGAUGGAAACACCAAAGGUGGUUGUCUUCUUGGUCAUCUUGGUUUGGCACCUGGAUAUCCCAAAGCCUCCUCAAGAAUAUCAGUUUCUAGAGUUUUAUGCGAGAGUAGGGCGAAUCGCGACCUUGGCCAAAUGGUGUGGCUUCGCCACUGCUGCUGUUGAUAUUCGGUAUGGUGCACACCGUCAAAGGGAGGGUAAACGGCGACCAAUGGAUAUCAACGGCAACGCUGGCCUCGUGCUUUGCAUUCAUCUACUUUUGACUUCACAGUGGGAGCAACUCGUGGCCUUCUUUGCAAUCGUUUGUUCGUCCUAUGUGCCAGUAAACAGGCACAGCACAGGGAGACCACUGUUGACUCCUCUGGGAAAUGAACAUUUUAUAGGAGUGAGGCGAUCCAACAAGAUGACCUCGAGGACUGUGAUAUUGAUAUGGAUCACUAUUCUCUCAGGAGGAACGUAUCUCAUGGAAAACCCUCAUGGGAGUUUUCUCGCCUUUCAUCCUCGGUACGUAUGGAUGCUUAAAAAGCUCGAGGCUGUUGGUAUUCUGACUUACAAAACCGCCUUUUGGAUGCGGAAAUAUGGCUCAAUCUCUUGGAAAAGAACAUGGGUGUGGGCAAACAGUCGCCGCAUUGGAUCCCUAGACUUGGGGCCGUUGACGGAGGAAGAAAAGGAAGGUUGUGAGGAAACAACUAUCCGUUAUGAGGAUGCCCAAGGCAAGAUCCGUUGGAAAGGUAAUUCCAACCUCAAGCUGACACGGCAAUACACCUUCAAAUUUGCUGGCACCGUGACCCGAUUGCUGCCAAAGAUCCGCGAGGACACCAGGUCUCAGAAGUUUCCUGCCAAGGAACUCAGGGAGGAAAUGAUCACCGCCACCGAUGGUACCACUCCUGAUGUGCCAAAGGAUGGGGCGUGUGAACUGGCUCGACCUGAUGCUUCGCUGGCAUCUGCAUUACAGGGAGCCUUAUUCGUGCCUUCUGAUGAGCCAUGUGUGGAAGACCCGUACCUUCCACCUGUGGAAGUUGAAGACCAGCCGUCUGAGAUGGGGCCCUUGGAUGAUCCAUACUUUGUGGGAGGUGUGGAUAACUCUACUGCUGAGGAGGUCAGCCAGGAAUGCCUUGACCCCAUGAUGCAGCAUAUCGCUUCACUUGGUUCCAAAUUACCUGAUGAGGUAAGGAGAGACAAGUAUGAGAAGCACAUCGAGCUUUUCUGGGUGGAAAAGAAAAUGGCUGGUCGGAAAAGGAAACGUGAGAUUUUUGAAGAGGAUGAAGAGCUUUCUGAGUCGGAAUAUGAUAAGCUUAAAAACGCAGAUAGCAACAUGCCGGACAACAUGGGCCUGGACACGGAUGAUACAGGCCACGGCUUCUACACUGCAAGAGCAUGGGAACGCCUUGCAGGAGGAGAUGAAGGGAACGUCCCAAUUAGCAAGCACCACUUUGAGGAAAACGGGGAAGUUGCAGACCUUGAGUAUUUGAGGGGCAGAGAUGUUCUCCACUACUUACUUCGAAGCUAUCCAUGGACUCUCCUUGGUGGCUUGGAUCCUGGAGAGGAGGCCCAAAACAUGCUAGACACUUUCUGGAGGCUUUACAGAAGGGAGCAUCCCACGCACCAGAUUUUCCAAUUGGCCGAUGAUAAUGACAGUGCUGUCAAUUUGAGAUUCUGUGUGCCUUUAAUGGUGCAUGGUGAUGGUGCUCGUACAUUGAAAAAACAGCCUCUUGAAGUAAUCAGUUUGCAUCCAGUUCUGGGCUUGGACACCGUGAAAAAGAAGAUUGAGGAUUCAGUUCAGUGCACAUGUUGGCCUAAACAAACCUAUGGUGGGUGUGACACAGCCCACCCGAUGGCCCAGAAACUGAACAGCAAGCACCUCACCUAUCUCACGCACUUCUUGUUGUGCGCGUUCCCCAGCAAGAAGUUCAAGAAGCUGCCUGGGCUUCUGCUGUCUGUGCUCGAGGCUAUCUCACAAGAUUUGGGGACACUUUCAGUACGUGGCAUCGUCCUUGGCAAUGAUGUCUAUCAUUUUGCCGUUCUGGGUAUGAUGGGGGACCUUGAGUACCACGCAAAGACAGGAGUGCUGACGCGUAGUUAUCAAAACGUUGGACACAAAAACUUCAUACCUUGCUGCCAUCUAUGUGCUGCUGGCAGUAUCAACCAUCCGUUUGAAGAUGUUAGAGAGCAAGCCAGCUGGAAGGGGACUCUGUUUCAUUCUCCUCCAUGGAACAACCCCCCACCAUUUCGAUAUAUAUUGUUUGAGGAUUGGUCUUCAGGUUUGGCAGCUAGAUGGUUCAGGCUGGACCCCUUCCACUUGUUUCGAUUGGGUGUUGCAAGAAACUUCAUAGCAUCUGCUGUCAUGUUGAUGGCCUCGGACGGCAUUUUCGACCUUGCUGCUGGGGAUUCCAAAUCGGUUGAUGCCAGGCUUGGUCGUGCAUGGGCACAGUUUUCCUUGUGGUGUGACACGCAUUCGGUCAGGGUUACAGGCAUUCGUGCAUUUACCCGUGAGAAGUUUCACGCUGCAACGAAAACAAGCUUUCCAUGGGUUGGCUGCAAGGGGGCUGAUUCCAUCAUUCUCCUCAAGUGGUUGAAGUGGUGCUCUGCGAUCAAUCUGGCGAGUUGCCCAGAUUCACAGGUGCUUGGCCAUAUCCACCAGGGAUGUGAGCAAAGCCUUGCUUUCCAGGGCAUACAUCGGCAUGGGAUUUGGCUUACAAAUUGUUGUCGUGCCAAGCUGCAGAAGAAUUGCCAGCAAUUUCUUGCCUCAUACGCUUGGCUUGCACACGUGUGUCUUCAACGUCGAUUGCAACUGUUUGCCCAGGUUCCUAAAAUACAUGGCAUGGCACAUGUUCAGCACCGGCUUUCUGUGUGUUCCCUGGAUGAAUUCUGCUGGAACCCUGCCAACGAUGACUGCUCCAUGUCAGAAGACUUUGUCGGCAGAAUAGCAAGACAAAGCCGAAGGGUUGGACACAAACACGUUGUUAGCAACACAAUUCAUGCAUACAAGGUCAAGUCAAAAAUGACACUCAUGCGUUUUCAUCGGAAGCGGAAGCUCAGCACUGGCUGA